AUGAGGUUGCAUCCAUUAUCCUCAUAUCAUAGCAUCUCUUUUCUUUCUUCUAUUAUUAUAUUUUUAGUUUCUUCUCAAAAUGGUGCUAGCUGGCAAGCUUAUUACUGAACUUGGAAUCAAAACACCCGCUGACAAGUUUUACAAACUAUUUACAUUAGAAUUUUCCGAAGUGCAAAACAUUUGUGAAAGAGUUCAUAAAGGCAAGCUGCAUGAAGGUGAAGACUGGCAUGACACUGAUACAGUUAAACACUGGACUUAUGUCAUAGGUGGUGAGGUACACACAUGUUAUGAGAGUUUUGAAGAAGUUGAUGAACAAAAUAAAAAACUGACUCUCAAGCUUUUUGGUGGAGACAUUGAGAAGCACUAUAAGCUCUUUAAAGUCACCCUUGAAGUAGUUGAUAAGGGUGAUGGCACUGCUGUUGCUAAAUGGACUGUUGAAUAUGAGAAAAUCAAUGAGGAUAUUCAUCCUCCAAAUGGAUGGAUGGACUAUCUUAGCCAAUGCACUAGAGAUAUUGAUGGUCAUCUUAUCAAAAAUUAAUCAUUAAGGCAUUAUAUGAUGAAUAAAGAAUGUUUAAUUAAAAUUGGCGUGAUGUUUGUAAUGGUAUGCAUGUAACCUAUACAAGCAUGCAUGUUUGCUUUUCUUGAUGCUUCCUUUGUAUGGAAAAAUGUGUCGGUCAUGUCAUGAUGAUCGGGCCUUAUCAUGUUAUUAUUGUUGUAAUGCAAAUUAAAUAUUUCUGAAUCAUAUAAAUUUGGUUUGCCAAAUAA